AUGACUGAGCAAAACAGUUGUCGGGUCUUGAUCGUGGGGGCAGGCUCCAUGGGCCUGGUCGUUGGUUACAUCCUCAGUCUAGCGAAAGCCGAAGUAACAUUCCUCGUUCGCCCCCAUCGCGAAGAAGAGUUGAAACGUCCCCAAGUACUCUACUCCUACGACGACAAUCAGCUCAAGACGUACACGGACUACAAACAUAUUACUGAUCCGUCCAAGAUCAUAGGGGCGGAUUACGACUAUAUCUUUGUCACACUGGAUGCCCACGCCUUGAGGAGCGAAGUCGGUCUAAGUCUGGUGAAGAUGAUAGGGGAUGCAGUGCGUGGCACCCAGACCAAAGUUGUUCUCGCCACCGCUUUCAUCGACUUGAGGUCUUGGUUCAUUGAGGUCUCCGGCAUCAGCGGAGAUCAAGUGACGUACGGUCUGCUCCUCAUCCACGCGUAUGCGCCCAGGGCUGUGACAUUGCCUCUGCAUGAAGGGACAGACUCAACGCUUCUCGAACAGGCCGAUCAAGCCUACAGGGACACGCUCGGCCCCGGCUUCAUCGUCGACGACAGCUCUCCCGCCGUGGCAGAGGGUUUCGCAGAGUUGUACAAUGCUAGUGGACUGUCAACGUGCGUGGUCAUGCCUGCGGCGCAACUUGCUGUGUUCGGAAUUCCAUUGUUCCCUGUCUUUGCAGCGUGCGAUCUGCUUGGCUGGCCGAAGUACGAGGAGAUCGACAGUAUGGGGGAAGUGUGGAACCUUGCUGUCGAGGCUGCGAGAGAAAUCCAGGGGCUUAGCAUUCUGGGAGAGCCAGGCCAGAAAGCGGCAGCGACGAUCACCGGCACGGGCCUGGCGGCGCAGUUUGCGGGAAUGGAGAAGCAGAUGCUUCCUCUUGACUAUUCGGCCUUCAACAAGUAUCAUCACGGUGGUAAGGUCAAUGUCCAGGACCGAGAACUGCUCAAUGCAUGCGUCUCCUACGGCGAGGCUGAGGGAAAGACGAUGUCUGCUCUCAAGGAAUUGAUCAAGCGAGUGGAGAGCCAGUGA